AUGCAGCCUCCUCUCUCGCUCGUCCGCAACAUCUUCCGCCGCAACGGCAACGGCAACAGCAACAACGACAAGAAGAAGAUCGUCUUCAAGCCCUACGACGUGGGCAUCCAGUCGUACACGGCGCGCGGCUCGCUGUGCAACAAGCCGGUGGGCACCGCUGCUCGUGGCGGCGGCGGCGUCGGCAUGUGCAUCUUCGCGAUGCGAUUUCAGAGUUUCGCGAAGGGCGAGCUGGUGCAGGAGUGCGUGGGCCGCGAGUGGUGGGUGCGAGUGGGCUUCGGGGGCGUGGGCUCGGCGGUUGUGGCGUCGGGCGUGAAGUGGGAGGAGGUGGGAACGAGGAAGAAGGCGGCGGUGCCCAGUCGUCGGUGGUGA